GUCAUCGUUUGGACACUGUAAAGAUAAUCAAAUAUGUUCACGCAGAGUCUGGACUGGAUUGCAUCUUACAAUGCGUGCUUCAAGAGAUAUUAUGCAGAUCUGCUAACUUCAGGAAUACACUAACUUCUGAAGCAGACGAAAAUUGCGAGUUACUCAAAACUGUUGAUUCAGAAGAACCGGCAGGGAGUUUAAAGAAAGAUGAAAAUUUUGAUUACUACAAACUACUUCAACCCGAAAAAGUAAGUACUGUCAGAAUAUUUUUAUAUACAGAGUGCAUGAAUAAAAAAAACUGGAUCAAUUUCCAAACAAUCUUGCAAAAUAAAAUUCAUGCAAUUAAUGUUUAAUUUUUUGUUUGUUUGGGUUUUCCAAAUACAAGAAUAGUUGUUUGCAUUUUUGAACUAUAUGGCGUAGGCUGAGCGAGUGUAUAUGACGCCAUUUUGCAUGUGUACAAGAUUUAUUUCCACAUUGAGCAUUUUUGCAACAUUAAAUUAUGCUAAAAUAUUGUUUAAAUUGUUUAAUUAUAUAUUUUUCUAGAAACCUGAAGAUGCUGUUUCCUCAAGCGCCUCUCCUCAGAUAGCAGAAGAAAUAUCAACAGGUAGGUCUAAGAAAACAUUAAAACGUUUGAAUCCAGGUUCAUUUAUUUCUUGUUUGUUUUAUUUGUUCUUCUAGAUUUUACAAAAUUAAAUUAAAUAAGUUUUGUCUAACGUUUCGUUUCGGUUACACGAAAACCAGUUUCAGAGACUUGAACGUUUUUUUCAUUUUAUCCUUUGAUGCUUAUAUCUUGCGUCAGCUGCGCACGAUUGCGUGACUGUCUUCCGGUGCGUUCACAUUCUGUGGUCGCUUCAUGUCUUUGAAAACGGUUUCGUGUGGGAAACCGAAACGUCUUAUAAAUUACAUCCUGGAAUAUUAUAAAACUAUAUGUGCCCGAAAUGGAACUCUGCGGGCAUAUACGAAGUCUUUUACAUAUCCGAUAUCCUGCUGCUAUCAGAAACUAAUUAACAAAUAUAAAACAUUUUCCGUGUUGAUAUACAAUUAUAUCAACACGAGUGGAAAUUGGGAAAACGAAAAAUUGUGCGGAAACACGAUGCCCGAAGCCCCAGAGAAGAGAUAUAUAGAGAGGAAACACACACCUCGAUAACCUGAAUUUUUGUGUCACGCGCUACGCAAAAUCUUCCAGCCAGUGCUGUCGCUGAAAUUUCAUAGCAAAAGAUAGGGAAAACGCCGUUCGAAAGGUGAAAAAAUCGCUUUAUUUUUUAAAUAUGAGAUACCCAUUGAAGUUUUGUUCAAUAAAUUACUGUAGAAUAACGGUAAGCGAUCACCUUUAUUGAUUUCGUUUUAUUAAAAGUGUUAACAUAACAUUUUAUUUCCCAAAAGUUUGUUUUUUUCUCUAUCUACUCCUUAUUAAAAUCGUGAAAAGCACUGGCUGGGAGUUUCAGAUGCUCAUAUAUAAAAAAACAAAGCAGCAAAUUAUAUAAAUUCCUCAAAAUAUAACUCUUGCAUAAAAAAACAUGAAUACUUCUAUAAUACGUAUAGUUUUUUCCUCUGCAUUGUCAAAAUUUAAUAAAAUAGUGAAUUAAUAUAAUUUUCUAUAGUUAAUAGACUGAAUAUAUCGGCGUGACACAAUUUGCCGCGUGUUUCCUCUCUGUACUAUCUCUUCUCUGUGCCGAAGCUCGGAGUGUUUUCACACCAUUUCGAGUUUUCCCAAUUUCCAUGAGCGUUGAUAUAACUGUAUAUCAAUACGGAAAAUUUUUUUUUAAUUUGUUUUGUAAUAUAUAGCACAAAGAAAUAUAAAAAUGGACUUUUCCGACGUUUCCGUGUUGAGACUGAGUUAUAUCAACACGGCUCUUACCUAAUCAGCGUUCAAAAUUUACAAAUGCUAUAUUAUAAUAUAGUUUGUUAAUAUAUAUAGCCUAUUUGUUAGUCUGUCCAAUUGAACGUCUGUUGUUUGCUUGAUUGUAAAACUUGUUGGGCCCGCAUGAGUAAUUGGCAAUAAGCUGUUGCGGCGGACCGGCCACACUACUGUACAGUUAACUUUAACUAUGCAAUCAUGUCCUUUCCUAUAUGUACAACUGGCUACGGAUUGGAAAAGCGUGGUAUAACGUUUUAGUUAAAUCCUCUUGAACACCUAUAGUAUAAACAGCGUUGAUGGUAAGGCAGAGCGCAAGAUGCAUAAUGAAUGUGAUUUUAAGCUGGUUCAAUUAAAAUAAAUAGAAACCACAUGAUAUAUAAGGAUACCGGGCAUAAAGUGUACCGAAUACUAAAAGCCAGUGCUUGGUAUAGCUUGUUUCGCCUAUAUCCAGCAUUUACCUAUACUCCAUGGUUUUACCGAGGACAGGCAACCAUAAAAGACCAAUGAAAUAAAGUUUUCCUUAAGAAAAAAAUGUUGACCACUCUGUACAUUGUGAAUUUUAGGCGAUGUACCACUCGCGAUUUGAAUGGCUGCUAUAUAUAUUGAGGUGCACAAUGCAUUGCGUAUAAAUAUAAUCGUAUUGGAGUUGGUCAAAUGUUUGCAAUUAACUUGCUUAAUGUGAUCUUUUUCAUAGCUAAUUCGGCUACACCAAAAGUGACAGAUGGUCCGACAACUCAACCAACAAGUAAGUUCACAAUUAAAAAAAUGUAAAUUAAAACUUUUUUUAUGAUUAGGCCAUCGAUGAUUAGAUCAUCGAUGAUUAGAUCAACACGCAAGUUUAAACCUAUAGCUGCUUCAAAAAAUCUGUUUUCUGCAAAGCCAUUUUUAAGAAUUCGUUCGUGGAGGGAGGCAUCUACAAAAAUGACCAUGCAUACUGUAUUUUUCGCCAAUUCCGUUUGCUUUAAUUAAUCUUCAUUAUUUUUUCAUUAACCCCUCUCCAUUCAUAUUUCGUUGAGAAAUAUUAGCGCAAUGUGUCUACAUUGGGACCUCGAUAUUACUUGCAGGUUAUUAAAUGUUGGUAUGAAGUUACAAUACAUUUAUAAUAGGUGUAGUACCUUGCAAAUCAGGUGAAGUGGCAUUUGGAAUGGACAAUGGAAGGAUUCAGGACUCCCAGAUAACUGCUUCAACUGUUCAUAAUCCAGGUUUAUCACCACAACAAGGAAGGUUGAAUAGCGCAUCAUCCUGGUCUGCAGGUCUAUAUGAUCAGAACCAAUGGAUUCAAGUUGAUCUUGGCCGAGAAGAAGUUGUCACAGCGAUUGCCACGCAAGGUCGGGCUAAUUACCCCCAAUGGGUGAAGACUUAUUCAGUGUGUUAUGGUUCCAAUGGAAAUGCGUUCGAGCCUUACAAAAUUGAUGAUGCUGUUAAAGUUAGAAAAAAUAAUUAUAAUUGUUGA